CACCCUGUCCCCCAGUGUAGGAAACAAUCUGUUGGUGAUAGUAGGAGUUUUGACUUACUUCAAAAUAUCGAUAACUUGUACAUUCUGAAAAGGAAGACAGCUACAAUGGCGGCGACGCAUAUUUACGCCAAGAACAUUAACAAUUCUGUCCACGCCACGGCGAACUUCUUCAUUCUCCCAUCGACAACACUGUCAACGCAGAAUAAUAGCGGGUAUUCCGACUUAGACAUAAACGUGACGUCAUUGGAUUACGAGGAGGAGAGCGAAGGAAUAUUUGACAAUUUAUUUAACCCUGCGUACUUGGUAAUCUGUAUUAUAGGAUUGUUAGCAAACGCUUUGUCUAUUGCAGCAACUGCUCAUAUACCCCACGGAUUGACGACGCAUUCGAAACUGAUUAUCAGUCUGGCGGUCUCUGACGGCCUGAUUUUAGUCUCCAAACUUGCACUGUUCUUAUUGUAUCUAAUCACAUCAUGGGUAUUUUGCUUUUACGCAAUGCAACGCGUAUUUCUGGACACUGGUGUCGUAGCCACGCUGUUAAAUCUGUUGGCAAUGGCGGUUGACCACUUCCUGGCCAUUAUGAAGCCGAUGAGUUAUCGGAGGUUCAUGAAAUCCGGACGUUGCAACUGUUUGAUUAUGGGAAUAUGGAUUAUUAGUCUAGCAGUAGGGCUACUAGAAGUUUUCGUAGGUCUAGCACCUGGUGACGAUCCGGAACACCCCCAGCCUUUCUGCCUCAAGCUGAUUCUGGAUGACUUUGAUACGGAAAUUAUCAUAAUAGUGCACAUAUUCGUCGUGCUCUUUGGGGUGAUCAUUUUCUAUACAAGAAUAUACUUUGUCGCCAAAAACAUUAUUGCACGUGACAGUAUGCUGUACCAAGAUGAAAUGCACAACUACAAAGCCAUCGUAACCACUAUGCUAAUUAUUGGAACCUUUACACUCUUCUGGACACCACUCGCGUGUUUCAAGAUUUAUACACAUUUCCAUGCCGUCGAUUUUAUUCACCUUGACAAGGCCGACAACUCUGUGUUUCUUCUGUUUCUUCUCAAUUCGUUAGCGGAUCCUUUCAUUUACGCCACUCGACUUCAAGAAGUCCAAAGGGGUUACAAAGCAUUGUUCUUGAAAGUUUUUCCGAGCCGCCGAUUUUCGAAUAACGAGGAAGAAUUCAAGAAUCGCAACGCAAUCUACUAUUCUAAAAGACGUGACACGGCAAACACGCUUGUAAAUGACGUCACAACCUGCUCAAGCCCUGUUAGUAACUGUGGAACGAUUUGUGAUUUUGAAAAGAAGCCAGAAGAAACGUCUCUCAUGCCUGGUGAUUGCUGCGAUGAAGAAUGAUAAAUGUUCAGCUCGUGAAAAUUCGGCGUAUUUCGCCACAUUCCGGAACAUAUUGCCACAUUCCGGAACAGUCGUCUACAUUGCGGAACCUGAAAAAAUAACACAAUAAAACUAUUUGCAUGACUUAAAGCAGAUAUAUAAUUUGUUAAUUUUUCCACUUGCCUUGUAAGUGACAACGUUAAACAAAAAUUUGUGAUAUUUGUCGAUAGUCUCAACUUUUCGGCCCUUUCCGUCAGACUAUAUAGAUAAUAGCCGAGGACGUUCCGAUUGAUUAGUCAAUACAUUAUAUACAGGAAAAUAUCGUCGUCGUCUCGCUGACAAUAAAGUAUAGAAAACUUAUAUUUCAUUGGAGUACUUGUAUGAUUUUUUCCCUGGUGAUUCAAGUACAAUGAAUUACUUUGAUUUCGUGCAAUGUGUAUAGUCCUAGUCAAAUUUAAAGGUACAUGUAUAUUAUUCCUAAGGAAUGAAUAAAUCUGUUAAAACAAACACACGUAAGUGUUUUAACAUUUUAAAAGCGGUUUGAGAGCAUGUUAUAUGCCUAUUACUUGAUGGAGGUAGCACUGAGAAGGAGUAUGGAAUUUUAUUUCUUAAAAGUAGCAAAAUGUUAACAAAGUAGUAUUUUGACUUCCAUACAAACUAAAAUACUUAAUCACUAUAAUUGUACUAAUUGGCAGAACAUAGUAGAAGCAAAAUAUCAUUAAGGAUAUUGACCAAUGGAUAUCUUUUUGAAAACUGUAACAGGACACAAAAAAUAGAAAAAGAUUUUGAAAUAUAUAAAUGAAAUCAUUUCUGAGAUAUAUAGUGGUCCUUUAAAACACUUUUUUCAAAUUCAUUUGUACAUUAUUUUAAAAAUUUACACAUGUUUCUCAUGCAGGGUAAUAGUGCAUAUUAGCAACCCGAGGGCCCCGGAUGUUAUUUUAGUUCUCGGGUUACUAAUAUUCAUUAUUAUCCUUUUUUUUAUUAUACCGAACCAACAUUUUUAUGAAUUAUUACUCCGAGGGAGUUUAUCAGGGGAGAUAACUAGAACAUUACGAUUUCUUAAGUCUAUAUAGAUUACUCGCCCCUGGGGAAAAUUGCAGAAUGUUUACACAUGUCAUUGUUUGUGUUUAAAUAUAUUGUUAUUCAAAUAAAAGAUCUAAAUCGCUUAAUGUAAACGCUCUUAACACUACGCUUUUUUGUUUACGUGCAUAUACUCACUUAAAUAAACUACUUCAUUGCAAUAAAAAUAUAAAAAUGUG